AAUUAGAUGGAUGUAAGUUUUGGAUACAACAAUUCUCUUUCAUCUUCUGAGGAAUUGAGCAGUUAACUUAUAUGCGUGGUGGAGGUAGGCCUUGAAAAUAUCUCGCGCUGUCUGGGAUUGUGUUCACAAAACUAUAAUCAAUGCUAACAAAAUUACCACACUAUGCAUUGAAGAAUAUCAGCAAUACAUUUAAAAAGAGAGAAUAGGAGCGCUACAAAUCUAGACUACGUUUAAUAAAUGAUAGCAAAUUAUUGACAACGAAAUUAUGAAUAUGUAGUGAUGGAAAAGGAAAAAAAUAACAGACGCAUGAAGAAAUCACCCCCAUCUUUCCGCUGGAUUCUGCCAGCUCCUCCCCUCCCCCCGCGCGCAAGCUUCAUUCGAUCAAAUCCUUCAACUUGGACCACUUCGCCAAAUCGCACUUUUACAACACUGCAAAGCAAUUGGACGCGCUACAACUUGAAGAGUUCUGUUGGCUCGUAAUACCUGCAGUCACAAAGGGGAGAAGAAGGGAGCAAAAAAAGGACUUGUAUCCAGACUGAGCAUCUUUCUCUGCCACCAGCUAUGGAGAGGGGGGUCAGAUUCUGGCACACUAGCGCAUUUUGGUUUCUGCUUUUGAUCGUUCUAUCAUUCUUUCUCGCCGCUAAAUCAGAGAUAACUUGCAGAUCAUGUCAGCCGUGGGAUAAGAGGCUUACUAAGGAAUUACUGUUUAAAACGGACGCUCGAGAAUUAGCAACAGGGUACGGAGGUGAAGUUAUGGGAAAUGGAGAGGGGGCACCUGCACUAGCGAGGUUGAAUUCUGCAAGUGCCGAAACUCGACAGCUUGAUUGCGCAGCUGGGUCCGCUGAAUGCAUCCGGGGGAAAUACGUCUACCCAAGGCGAAAACGGAAUACUGACAUGAUCAUCAAUUUCAAGAAGACACUCGGUCGAGGAUUGCUCUACGGUGGUGGUAGGCGUAGAGAAUUCACCCCGCGCGUCGAGGACAAAGUUUCCAAACUGAAAAUGUACCGCGAUUCAGGCAAGACUGGUGUGGAUAAGGCUAGAACAGAUUUAGUUCCCGCGGUACCACACAAGCAACGAGUUCGUAAGAACAGCUCGGUAGCUAAUGUUUUGGAUGAUAAAGUGAAGUCUUCCGGCUCCCCUCAGAGAAGGGAGACGCUGCCUCUGAGUAACCCGAGAAAGGGCAUCACCUCAUCGGCUGGACGGAGCAGAGUAAAACGGUCCGAAUUGCGAUGGAGCAACGAGGACAGGAGAACGCCUACUUCGAGGCAGGACGAACUCAAACUCACCAGUUCAACCUUCGCAUUGACCGGAGAUUCCGCUCACAACCAAGCCAUGGUGCACUGGUCUGGGCAAAAUAGCAGUGUGAUCCUCAUGCUGACCAAGCUGUUUGACUUCAAUCUGAACAGCGUCACAGAGAGCUCAUUGUGGAGGUCAACCGACUAUGGAACCACCUACCAGAAGCUUAACGAGAAAGUGGGUGCAAAAACCAUCCUCAGCUACCUCUAUGUCAGUCCCAACAAUAAGAGAAAGAUCAUGCUCCUGACCGACCCGGAGGUGGAGAGCGGCCUGCUCAUCAGCUCGGAUGAAGGAGCCACCUAUCAGAAGUACCGCCUCAGCUUCUACAUCCUCAGCCUGCUGUUUCACCCCGAGCAGGAGGACUGGAUCCUCGCUUACAGCCACGACCAGAAGCUGUACAGCUCGGUGGAGUUCGGGCGGAGGUGGCAGCUCGUCCAUGAGAGGGUGGCCCCUAACCGAUUUUACUGGUCGAAAACGGGUUUAGACAAAGAACCGGGCUUAAUUCACCUGGAAACCAGCAUCUCAGAAGGGCAGGCGUUGUACGUCACCUGCAAGCUGCAGAAUUGCACUGACGCCAAUAAGGGCAAGCCGUUCCCAGGCUACAUUGACCCCAAUUCCCUGGUGGUUCAAGACGAGUAUGUAUUUGUCCAGGUGUCUACGGGAGGACGUCCGAUCUAUUAUGUGUCCGCAAAGCGGAAUGUCUUUACGCCCAUGAAGCUACCCAAGUACACCCUGCCGAAGGACCUGCAUGUAAUCAGUACCGACGAGAACCGGGUGGUGGCCGCGGUCCAGGAGUGGAACCAGAAUGACACCUACAACCUGUACGUGUCCGAUACGGGAGGAGUGUUCUACACCCUGGCCCUGGAGAACGUGGUCAGUAGCAUGGGACCUGAAGGCAACGUCAUGAUCGACCUGUACGAGGUGGCCGGCAUAAAGGGGAUGUUCCUGGCCAACAAGAAGAUGGACAACAUGGUUAAGACCUACAUCACUUACAACAGAGGGAGAGACUGGCGGCUCCUGCAAGCUCCUACUGCUGACCUGAGGGGCAACGGCGUCCAUUGUGAACUACCGUACUGUUCCCUUCACCUCCACCUCCACGUGUCGGCCAAUCCCUACACGUCUGGGAAUAUCGAGAGCAAGGACUCCGCGCCGGGGAUCAUAGUUGCCUCAGGCUCCAUUGGAGCGGAGUUGACCACCAGCAACGUGAGCAUGUUCAUCACCUCAGACGCUGGCAACACCUGGAGACAGAUCUUCGAGGAGGAGUACAGUGUUCUGUACCUGGACCAAGGAGGAGCCCUGGUGGCCAUCAGACACACUCCACUCCCCAUCCGACACUUAUGGAUGAGUUUUGACGAGGGCCGGCAGUGGAACAAGUACAGUUUUACCACGUCGCCGCUGUUUGUGGACGGGCUGCUGGGCGAGCCAGGAGAGGAGACUUUAAUCAUGACGAUCUUUGGUCACGUCAGUCACCGGUCCGAGUGGCAAUUGGUCAAAAUAGAUUUCAGGUCCAUCUUCAACAGGAGAUGUACUGAGGGGGACUACCAGACAUGGCACCUACACAACCAGGGCGAGCCGUGCAUCAUGGGAGUGAAGAGAAUCUACAGGAAGUUGAAGCCCAUAGCCAGGUGCGUUAUGGGUAAGACGUACUCGGUCACAAUGACCUCUGCACCUUGCGACUGCACGGAGGCCGACUUUGAAUGUGACUAUGGCUACGAGAGGCGUAGUGACGGAAAGUGCACCCCCGCCUUUUGGUUCCUCCCGUCGUCUAUGUCCAGGAGCUGCACCACCGGGACGACCUUCCUCAACAGCACCGGUUACAGGAAGGUGGUGUCCAAUAACUGCACGGCGGGAGUGAUAGCAGAGUACACAGCCAGGAGACAGCACUGCCCCACCCAGGCCCCCAAAGGCCUCCACCUCGUCACCAGCGAGGGGAAGCUCACCGCCACGCUGGGCACCAACGUCACCUUCCUGGUGUUUCUAGAGGAGGGGGACGGAGCCAGGACGAGCAUCAUGGUGGACUUCGGGGACGGCCACGCGCUGACGUACUCCAACAUCAGCUCCAUCGAGGACGGCAUCCGGCAUGUCUACAAGGCGGUGGGGAUUUACCGUGUCACGGCCACCGGAGAGAACAGCCUGGGCUCUGAGAGCGUGGUGCUCUACCUCCACGUCGCGUGUCAGCUGGAGUACAUCCAUCUCUCGGCUCCCUUUGUGGCGGUGAAGAACAAGGAAGUCAACCUGACUGCUGUGCUGUGGCCCAGCCAAGUAGGAACGGUCACCUACAUCUGGUGGUUUGGAAACAACACUGAGCCGAUAAUCACCCUGGAAGGGAGCGUGGCGUGCACGUUCUCUCGGGAAGGUGUCAACACUGUCACCGUACAGGUGUCCGCUGGGAACGCAAUCCUGCAGGACCGGAAAACCAUCGCCGUCCAUGAAUAUUUUAGGUCGCAUCUCUUAGCCUUCUCAUCCAAUUUGGAUGAUCACAACCCAGAUGUUGCAGAGUGGAGACUGGACGUCAGCAGAGUCAUUAAGAAUGCCAUGGUCCAUGCCUCAGGGGUGCGCCAAGAGCAGCUCCUAGUCACUGUCCUCCCGGGGUUGCCCACGGCAGCAGAGUUCUUCCUCCUGCCCGACAAAGACAUAACGGAAGGGAAGCCUGAGAAGAUCUCGGCUCACCUAGACGAGCUCUCUGAAACACUUCUAAACGCCCUCAACCAAAACCUGGUCCAGUUCACCCUUCGGCCGGGCGUCCAGGUCACGGUGUACACUGCGCAUUUAUCGGCCGCGCCCCUAGUGGACACCAGUGAGAACCACAGCGGCUCUGCCAUGCUAAUGCUGCUGUCGGUAGUGGUUCUGGGUUUGGCGAUAUUUGUCGUCUACAAAUUCAAAAGGAAGAUCCCAGGCCUCAACGUCUAUGCGCAGAUGCAGAACGAAAAAGAACAAGAAAUGAUCCAGAGUCCAGGAAGUCCAGCAGAAAGCACUCUGGUGUCCCCGAACCCUCCGAGGGAGCUGGUGACUUCUCCAAAGCUUCUGGACACGGAGUUGAACACGCGGCCCAUAGGAUGUAUCAAACCUCACGCACAUGUCAAGUUCUCAACUGAGCUCCCAACGUACAUCAACGUUUAAAAACUCUGGACAACUCCGGAAACAGCAAUUCCAUUCUGUCAUGGACUUUUUUAACCAUUCAAGCGGACACAAUGGUUUGAGCUUUAUACCUGUGCAUGUUGGACUUAAUUGACUUUGCUGACACUUAGUGUGCUUUGUGACAACCAGAAGAAUCUGUGUACAGGUUUUUUUAAAUAUAUAAUGUGUCUAUUCAAUAAAAAAAUGUUGAUUAUGUUUAUUUAUACAAAGUCAAGUACAUACUUAACUAGAAAGGGAAAGCCAGCAUGAACUAAAUAAUAAAAAAAUAUUUUAGUUUGCUUUUUUUUAGGUGUCCUACAUCUGUUCGCGAUACUGUGUGUUGCUAACAGCUGUGGUACAUUAUUUACUUUGAAGUAUACAGUAUAAUUGAAAAGGGUCACAUUUAUUUUGUUAAUACAUGAAUGUCUAUGUGAGAUAUUUGUGUAUUUCAAUAACCAAUUACAAACUGGACUGAAACUAUAUCAAUAAUUAAUAUAAUGGUUUUUUUUUCUGUUUACUGUCACAUGUAAUGGCACAAUACACUUUUUUACUGAAAUGUUUUGGUUUUGCUCAUGUGAUAAUUCAAAGACAGAGACACAGGGUUUGGUUGUCUCUCUUGCUUUGGUGAUUUUAUUAAACUCUGUUGUUAAUUUGUUAUUAAUCUCUACGCAACAAGCUAUAUUUAUUUAUUUCCACCUUUUCCCCAGUAUAAUAACUUGUCUGAGGACCGUGUUUCUAGCGUGCUAACAUAGUAGGGAAUUCAUUUCAGAGUUCCAUCUGACAACAAGCAAGGGUACACUUAAUUUCACAAAGGAAAAAUGGGGGGAAUUUAUUUUUUUUGGGGGGGAGGCACCUAAAUUAGUCAACAUUCUCCCUCUAAAACCUUCUCCCUCUAAAUGUUAUCUGGUCCCAAUUUGGAGGUUGCAAUUGUCAAAACUGUUAAAAAAACAACAAAAAAAACAGCUGCUUUAAGAUUACAUAAAGUAAGGGUUUGAGUGUUCGCUGCUUUUAGAACAGUAAUAUGUAAUAGGGAGAGUAGAAAGGGACCGAGCUAGAGUUAUAUUUGGGAAUCUAGUUAAUGCAGCCAGUCAACCUCAAGGCGGGCUAAGGUUGGUGACACAUUUAGGCUAAUGUCCGCCAGUCUCUGUCUCCAUAGCUUAUUAAACCCCUUUUCAAGAGCCAAAGGAAGUAGAGCACGAAUGGUAGGGGAAAUGGGGUACAUGGAUGGUUAACUUGUUUCGAGAAACGGAGUUAGUCGCCAUUGAACCCCCCCCCCCCCACCCCCCGAAGUUUUUCACAUGUGAAAGUUGUCCGAUUUGAUUUUGACUGAUGGUUAUGGAAUUUCAGAAGGCACACAUUCUUGUCUUUACACGGAGACAAGUGUGGAGGGAAAAUGGUGAUAGUUCUAGAAGCUUCCUAUGUAAUCGUUUGCUAUGGCUGCACAGCGAUGCUAAAAUAUACCAAGUGACUUCAACUAUGCAGCAUUUUAGUUACACUAAAUGCGCAAACCGAUACAACCCCCAUAUGCGCACACAUGCAGACACACACCAACCCGCAACCUAGAAUGUAAAUUGAGAAAGAAACUGAAUGUUCAUAGCUAUGACCUUAGAAAAGAGACGUCUUCUUAGAUGAUAGGGACUGGGUAAACAAAUGUAUGGACUGAGAUUAAAUUAAUUGAGAUUGAAGUCAUGUUGUACAAUUGCUAUCUUCCCAUACUAUUUCAUGAGGAAUCUUCUUAAAUAUUGCUGUUUGAAAAAAAACAUACCUUCCACCAGUUUAAACAUGUAUAUUCGCGGCUGCAUGUUUUUACUUUUGAGUAAAAACUGGAAUUCCUCUUCUGUUUAUUUAUUUUGUAUAUUUAAAUUAUUUAUAUAUAUCAACAAGAACUUUGGCUUUUUCUCAGAACAGGACUGCUAUUUAGGUGCUUUCAUUAUAUAUUUUAUGUAUGUGUUGUAGCAAGUUUUUGCAAUUGUUUUAACACAUGGGUAGUAUGACUACUGAAUACUUAAAUCCAUCAGAGCAGCAGGAAACACUAGCAAUAUGACCCUAAAUUGACUCCUGAAUCAUCGCAUUAAGACAUGGGACUUUGUCUCGAACAUAGUCUUUGAAAAACGUUUGGAGCCUGAUGUAAGUGGGGUGUUCUACAUCUAGUUUUGACACAGAGAACACCCCUUAGGCAAUAUUCAGCUGAGAAGGAAUCCACCUCCUCCUGGCUGAAGUUAAGCACCUUCUGCCUUUUAAUUCUUCAGUUUCACAAAAGGAGGCGGACAGGUGGAACUUCCGUGGAUCUCUGCAAGCGAGCGAUAACGAGAGUGAAACUCUGGCCCAGCAUGUUAAGACAUACUGUAACCCAACGUGUGGGCUGGGCUGAAUACUAAUGACAGCUAGAGCUAGAGACGGCCAAGUCUGGUCCUCAAUGUCCUGAGAGUCUGCUUUCAAAAGCAGUCCUAAUAUGGACACCGUAAAGCUAUGUUUCAGAUGUAAUUUUUACCACUGUAGUCACGGAUACGUCGUCCAUAUUAGGAUAACGUCCAGGUGUGUGACGGAAUGCAAGGAAACCAGCAGACACAAAUGCCCCAAGAGGACUGGACUUCUUUCAUCCCUAGGCUAUAGCUUUGUCUUUCCCCCAGAUUUAGCGAGAUUAUUUUUGUAGACAAAGAGAGUUUUAUUACUGUAAAGCUUUUAUAUAAAAAAUACGAAAGUUUAGGUGUAUGAUGUUUUUGUUUUGACCUUAACUGUGCUCUGUGUAAUUGUUUUAUGCAUUUACAAUCAUAUUUAUUAAAUGGAAAGAAAGUCUA